AUGUCGUCCAAGCUUCUCUCGCUCGUUGCCCGCACUACUGCCCAGCAUUUUCAACACUCUAUCCGCGUCCAUGUCCACCUCAGUCUGACAACCACUUUGUCAUCGUCGUCAACGAUUUCACCUGACCCCGACGCCCUGACUCGUCCGCUUGUCCGUGCGCGACCGCCAUCUGGCCGGUGCGACCAUCAACAAGAACGACGGCUUCCUGAUCUCCGGCUGGCGCCAUCCUGGACGCCCAUGGCUCGGGCAAAAUGGAUCGGCUCGUCGCUUAUCGUCAAGGCUGCCAACGAGGAGGCCGUCUGGGAGAAGCUCAAGCAAGACCCCUAUGUCACCGGCAAGGUCUGGGAUCUGUCCACUGCCAAGGUAUAUGCGUACAAGCCAGCAAGCUUCUAA